AUGGACGACGACCGGCUGCUGGAACGCACUAGAUGCCUGCUGACUGAUUACUUGAUGUUCUGCAGGCGGGAGCCAGGUGACCCCGAGCCACCGCCCACAUCGGUCGAGGCGGCCUUGCUGCGCUCUGUGGCAGAGCAGGUCCAACAGAGGUACCACUUUUUCUUCUCCUCCUUCCUCGGCUACCAGGGCAACCGCGUGGAGUUGAUGACACAGAUGGCAGACACCAUUCUCUCCGAUGGACAAAGCUUCAGCUGGGGCCGCCUGGUGUUGCUCUUGGCCUUUGCGGGGACAAUUCUGAGUCAACGCCAGAGAAAUAGUGAGAAGGAUAAAAUCCAAGUGGACCGAGACUGCCAACUCAUAGUAGGCUUGCUGUGCAAUCGUCUCCUCGGACAACAUGGCUCCUGGCUGAAGGCUCACGAUGGCUGGGAUGGUUUUUGCAGCUUCUUUGUGAGUCCCUUACCACUCAAUUUUUGGAGGAGACUGCUGAUCAAGACUUUUCUGUCCUGCUUCAUUGCAAUGGCUGUCCUGAUGAUCUGGAAAAGAUUCUAA